CGACUUUGGGGAGGUGUGUGCGGAUUGCAUAACUGCUGGGACUGGCUUCGCGUAGUGUGUCAUAGCAGAGGCUGUACCGGGCGGAGUUCCAGCUGCGCUGUGCUUCAAGAGGGCUUUGGAAACAGCAUCGUAAUUUUACUAGACAGCUGCUCAUUUGAGGUCACACUCGGGCUCCGAAAAAUUCACACAUACAGCACAGCGAGGCGACUUUACCUCAGGAGCUUUGGGAAUCCUCGCUGAACGGUCUUGCAAAAGCCGGAGCUUUGGAGGACAAACUUGAAUAAAGACGACUUAAAUAGCACUUGGAAGAUUUGUACUGAAUGCUUGGAAACCUUAAGCAGAUACAUAACAGUAUCUUUCGUGCAUUUUAUUUAGAAUCAGUAUUUGGAGACAUAGAAAGAAUCCGGGAUAUGGUCCAUGACUGGAAUUGCUGAGUUGUUUGCACUUGUUCUUUUUUUUAAGGAAUACAGGAAUAUUUAAACACUCCUCGCAAGUCGUCCAACACAUUCCUUGGUGCGGUUUUUUGCUCAUCCUCUGGUCCAUAUGAGUGAACAUAUGAACGUGCAGUGGACCAGUCCUGUGCCAUGCAUUCGCGCUGGGAGAUGCAGAUACAAGCGGCUUGACUCCGACGAGCCGGUGUCCAAAUGCGCGAGGCUGAGCGACUCCUCGAGCGAUGCGGGUUUCCUCAGUAGUUCCCCGGGUUCCCCCGUUUGCACGGCUCCCUUCAGCGGCACUCCGACCCAUCAGGGUCCGUCCCGAAUCUGUCAGUUCCUGCUGUUACCUGUCGCGGAGAGGAGGGGAGUUCACAGCGCGCUGAACGUCCAGACGGGAGAGGAGUUUGUGUGCAAGGUGUUCCCGAUGGCGAACUACCAGGAGAAGAUCAGAGCGCACAGCGCGCUGCCAGAGCACAGGAACAUCUCCCACAUCAAAGACAUCAUCCUCGGAGACCAGAAUGCCUACGUGUUCUUGGAGAAGGACUACGGCGACAUGCACACGUUCGUGAAAAGCUGCAAGAGCCUCGGCGAGGAGCGCGCGGCCCGGCUCUUCUACCAGGUGGCAUCGGCUGUCGCGCAUUGUCACCAGGCAGGCAUCGUCCUGGGGGAUCUCAAGCUCCGGAAGUUUGUCUUCAGCGAUGAGAAGAGGACUCAUUUGAAGCUGGAGGGCCUGGAGGACUCCCACAUCCUGGAGGGGGAAGACGACUCCAUGUCGGACAAGCACGGCUGCCCCGCCUACGUCAGCCCAGAGAUCCUCAUCAGCUCGGGCUCGUACUCGGGGAAGCAGGCGGAUGCGUGGAGCCUGGGCGUCAUCCUCUACACCCUCCUGGUCGGCCGCUACCCCUUCCACGACUCGGACCCCGGCGCGCUCUUCUCCAAGAUCCGCAGGGGGCAGUACUGCCUCCCCGACAGCCUCUCCCCUCAGGCUAAGUGCCUGCUGCGCAGUCUUCUCAGGAAGGAGCCCUCGGAGAGACUCACCGCCACCGAGGUGCUCAUUCACCCCUGGUUCCAGAGCGCACAGGAAACAGGAAGCACAGAACAGGAAGCCGGCUCUGCGGACCAGACCGUGCCCACGUUCAGCCUCGAGGAGGGCGAGUCUCUUUUCUGUUGACAGACUCAACCUCGCUGGACCAAAAGCAGUUGCAUUAAGGUCGACUGAAACUCUUUGUUACAUGUACGUCAAAGUGUGCACAUGUGUUUUGAGUACUGUAUUGUCUCAGUGUUAGGUUAGGUCCUGAAAGGAGCCUCAUAACUGAGCCAUACACAUUCAUAGGCUUUGAGAGGUGAAUUGGCUUCAUGUCUGUUGGUCUCCUUCAGUUCCAUUGUGCAACUGCACUGUAUGAAUAUGUUAGAGGGACCUCAUAAGGACUUACCUCCUGAAAAUGCACUAAGGGUAACCAACACAGUGAGAGACGAUCCAAGUGGCGCCAAACCGCAAUGCUCGGUCUCUGGAAUGCGGCACCUGAAGCACAGCGAGAAAAUACCCGCAACGUCACUCCACUCACUUGAGCCGAUGAUCGUUGACUGAGUCAUCAGCAGGCUUUGAAGUGCUAUGGAGGCCUGUCCCACUUCAUGGCAGAGAGACAGAGACAGAGUGAGAAAGAGAGAAAGACAGAGAGAAAGAGACAGCGAGAGCUAGCAUCACGCACUGUGAGUUGUCCUAUAUCAGGACCGCCAGGAGGGGAGACGGCUGUCGAAUGUGCUCAGGCUCUCCAUCCUCCCGGGACCCGACAUGUAUCUGGAGCAGCAGUGUCGUCUGUCACCGCGACCUCUGACCUUUGAAAUAUCAAGGGCCGCAGCUUUGCAGGCUCUCUUUCAAAACCAGUCCACCGCAGCUCAGUUAAAGGCGAUGGCUGGCUGGGGGGGGGGGGUC